AUGGUUCCAAAGACUUCUUUCGGCGCUCUAAGCCUCCUGCUGCUACAGUUUGCAAGCGGGAACGAAAACGAAAACGCAGAGCGGACACAACCCGACCUCAAGUAUGCCGAAGAUCGAGCGCAUAUGGUGUUUAACGAAAUUCAUUCCGCCGGCCGACUAUGGGGCUCAUCUCUGUAUCACAAUGGGUUCGGGUUCUUUCCAGCUACAGUACCUGCGGGUACUAUGCUCUACCAUGGCUCCCAAUACAACGUAACACCGUCAGGGCUGGAGUGGUUGGCUUUUGACAUAGAACAUUCCGAAAACUUUGCGCGCUCAUUCAGACUGAAGCCAGGGGAGGGACCUCCUCCAUCAGUCCCGCUACCAGAUAAAGAUAAAUCUGAGCAAGAUGAUGGUCUACUCUCAGAAGGUAGUCUUAGUGAGGAAUUACGACGUCGCAGUGAGCGAUCCACGAGGGAAAACCCCCCUAUUCGAUACAACAACAAAGACGAGGAUGUGAACAUCCGUGGCUACCUGCAUCUGUAUCAAACAACCCGUGAUCUCAACCUUCUCUUGAUCGACGGAAUGAGCGCCGGCAAGACACACAUGGGCACGCUAGACUCCCAGGAUCUUGUGCUUCGCGCGAACAAAGAUGCCAGUGAAAAGAUGGGCGAAAGGAGCCGAGCUCGUGAACUUUGCGAACUGGCAGCUAAAUGGGGCUUGGAUGGGUUUGUGAGGAUGGAGAUUGGCGUCGAAGUCAUCAAAUGUGACUUCAGAAAAGACUUGGAUCUGGUUAACGUAAUGCGCACGGAAGUGCGUGAUGACAUAAUGGAAGACAAAGGCAUGGACGCAUUCCAGUGGAUAAGGGCUGUUGCGGAACGUUAUGAUGGUAUUGGAGCUGACCGAUUGCGAAUCGACUUUUCUUCCAUGAUUUCUGGCCUCUUCUUUCCCAUCAACAUCUCAAACACCAACCCGAAGCGACCGGAUCUCAAGAGACUUGGCGCAGCAACACCGAAAGAGCUUAACGAUAUCAAGGUAUAUUUGAAGGGUGUGCUAAGUCAGCCUCGAAGGUACACCGUGAAUUGGCAAGGCGUGGUUGAUCUCAUCGUGAGCAGGUACAGCAGGAGGAUUGCGCUCAUGGCAUACAAGCGGCUGCCAUCUCACUACUUCAUCAACGAAGUUGAAGGUGCUACGAUGACCUGGUACGACGCACCGACGUCGCCCGAUGAUGCUACUUUGACAGAGGAAGGAAGCAUAAACAGAACCGCCGAUGCCAUUGAAGAAUGUAGGGUGCAUUAUCUCAGACCAGCCCUGCUAGUCAAGGAGAAAUGGAGUAUGGAAGACAGAUUGAUACACGCAUCUCUUGAGACAGUUCUGGGCACGAUUUGCAAUACGCUGUAUUCUGUUCGCCGCUAUAUACUGCAAGCGUCAGAGAGAGAUGGCGAUCAUGAUGCGGAACUGGAAAAGGCGGUUCAGCAUGGCCGAGUUGCGAUGCAAGAAUUGAUGGGUGAGCUGGGAUGGACAACUUGGAGGAAGCCCCAGGCUUGCGCACCAGACGAGUUGUCAGUGAUUGCUAUGUGGCCGUUUGGAACCAAGGAGGAUCAUUGGGAUCCUGGAUGUCGCUCGAUCGAUACGGUCCAGCACCCCAAUGGGACAUACUGGGACGUACUGGGGCUGUUCAACUAA